ACAGACACAAAAUGCAUAUGACAGAAUACAUUCAUUGGCAAACAUAUAUUGGCAUUGAUGGGUACCGAGUGGGAAUCGUAGCUGACUGAUUCUGAGGGACAAAUCACACUGUAGGCUGACGUUUACACAUGUCACCAGUAUAACUAACUUCUUAUAGUAUUUAUAGUCAAAUAUUCUUCUAUGUCAGCAGUUAAAAGAGCAACACACACGUGACUGAAGUGAAACAUCAAAGCAGAAAAGAGGGAUUUCGGGCACAACUUCACAUGGAGAACAUCUUUAAAAAAUGAUUGGAAUCUCUUAAUACAUGCCACUGGUCAACAAUUCUGGUCCCAAACAUAUCCAACAAAAACUUUAAAAUCAACUAACAGACAACGUAAAUGAACCAGUAUACAGAUGAACCUCUCAGAGGAGCUGAUUGGCUCCUGAUACCUGCUGUCCAAUAACCUUAAGGGAUUUUGAUCAGGCCUGUAGUCAGUCAGUAGAGCAAAACUCCCUUCAGACUUCUCUAAAAACUUCAUUAAAUAAGUUUUCAAAGUCAUUUUUCUAUUUAAUCAUGGGAUAUUUCAUAUAGAGGGGAAAGGUCAGGGUAACAUACAGAGCAGUAGCCAUUCAGUGGGUACUUUUAUGUGGUUAAACAGCUUUUAAAGAUUUUGGUUUCUCCCUCUUUUUUUGAGAUAUAACAAAAAACGCCCAUUAAUGACAAUAGCAUUAGUAAUUUAGCCGGUUAGCUCUGAUAUCUGAGGUUGAACUGUGAAGACUUGGUGAGCAUCGUUAUCAUUACUAAGUAGUAAAACACUGAUAAUCCACCACCUUUUCAUAUAUUUUUGAAAGUGCCUCAGUGGAGCUUGAGAAGUGAUUCAGCCUCAAUCAGACUGUACGAUGGCGCCACCUAGUGGUGGGUCUGUGCUGCUGAUGUUUAUGUGUGGUCAGGUGACAGUUAUUGUGACAGAUAUUCAGUAAAUGUCCUGUAAUGGGACCAUUCAGUUGUCACGAGCCUGGUUGGAGCUGCUUUUUGUAGGAGCACUAAUUUAAUGCAUUUAUUUAUUUUAAGCAUCUAUAAAGAUAAUUUAUAUGGAACUAAUGUGAAGAUAAUGUAAGCGACAGUGUUUGCACAUGUGUGUGAACGGAAGCAAAUGGAAAAAAGCUAUUUAUAUACCGAGAGAAGGUGUUACACAGUGAACCUCUGCAGGAAUUCUUCGGUAACAAAUAAAAAAAUAAAUAAACAACAACAGCAAUUUACACACUGGAAUAGGUCGAAAAGUAAGGCAAUGGGACCUAUCAGAGCAAUGCACCACAGGUCAGCAAUAGGAAGGAUGGACACAUAGAUGGCAACUCAUUAUUCGUCAUUGCAGCAGUGAAAUCAAGAUCACAGAGCAAUUAUAAUGAAUAAAAAAAUAUUAAACAAUCUGGAAAAAAACAAGGAAUAAACAAUAAAACAAUUAAGAAGUUGAAUGUGCGCAAUUAAGAGUCGUUACGUUAUGUUGUUGUGUCAACAUCAGAAUUAACAAUACAGUACAGAAAUUAUGUAUACUGAGCCAAAUAGAGGUACUAGUAUAAAAACCACGUGAAUUUAAACAAAAUAUAACCAAUACUACUGAAGUAACGUUGUGAAAUUGAGACUUUUACUUUGAAGGCUGCUUUGGGACCCGACAGGAAGUAAAAAUUGUUCACCACCAUGCAGGUUCCGUUACACAUCCGGUUAGACUUGUAUGUUUGUUUUGCUCCUUUUCUUUGCAUCUGACGUUACUUCCCCUCCGACUAUGAGUGCUGUUCUUCCUCGGAUAGAGCAGCUGUCCGCCAGAGUGGUCCGGGUUCUGGGCUGCAACCCGGGCCCGAUGACCCUGCAGGGAACUAACACGUACCUGGUCGGAACCGGGAAAAGGCGAGUGCUGAUAGACACCGGAGAGCCCGCCGUGCCCGAAUACAUCAACAGUCUGAAACAGGCGCUGAGUCAGUUCAACGCCAGCAUCCAGGAGAUCGUCAUCACUCACUGGCACAGAGACCACACGGGCGGAGUGGAGGACAUCUGCAGGGACAUCACUGGUUCUGAGGUCCGAGUCAGCAAACUGCCUCGCUCCGGCGAUGUCAGAGAGUCGGCCGGAAACAAAAGCUUCACUUAUCUAAAAGACGGAGAUGUCGUCCAGACGGAGGGGGCCACACUCAAAGUGCUGUUCACCCCGGGCCACACCGAUGACCACAUGGCCCUGCUGCUGGAGGAGGAGCAGGUGCUCUUCUCUGGAGACUGCAUCCUGGGCGAAGGCACGGCCGUGUUCGAGGAUCUCUACGAAUACAUGAAGUCUCUGAAGAUCCUGCUGGACUCUCAGGCUGACGUCAUCUACCCCGGUCACGGACCUGUGGUUCAGGAUGCGGCCUCUAAGAUCAGAUACUACAUCAGCCACCGGGAGCAGAGGGAGCAGCAGAUCCUGGCAGCCAUCCGGGCCGGAGCGGGGGAGCCCUUCUCCUCGAUGGACCUCGUCAAGAUCGUCUAUAAGGACACUCCUGAAUACCUGCACCAAGCAGCCAAUGUGAACCUGGUCCAUCACCUGAAGAAACUGGAGAAGGACGGCCACAUCAGCCUGGUGAACGAAUCUUCACCAAACACCAAAUGGAGGAGCAGCCUGUGAAGAAGUGCUCUCUAAUGGACCAAUCGGCAAGGAUGAUGGAAGUCCAUGUGGUCCUCAGUCCAUAACUGUCUUUAUUUGUGUUAAAUAAUCACCUCUAACCGUGACGUUUAUGGUUUUAAUUCCUUAUAUCUGCCGACUGGCGUGUGUUAAUGAUAAAUCAGGGUUGGUGCUCGCACUUGUUGCCUUGGAUGUUUCCUUUAGACUCUCGGGCUCCACUUUAGUAGACUUCUAACAAGUCGUGCUGCCUUUGCUUUAAUUAGCAGCAGAUACAAACAUAACCAUCUAGAACAGCUUUGUGAUUAGUUAAAAGGACAUUUUAUUAGUGGAUUUGGUUCAUAAACCUUGUCUUUCUCCUCCUCUUCUUCUUUAGGUUCAAUAAAAACAGUUUACUUGUGUAUAGAUCAGAUUUUAAGAGGUGGCUGUUUGCAUGUCAAACUUAAUUAAAAGGCGUCAGGGAAGAACGCACAUUGGUUGAAAUCCUCUGAGACUGAUGCUUUUUACACGAUGAGCUAAAUGUUCACUUUAUUAAAAACUUGAAUUUG